CAUUCAGUGUGAAGAAGGCUUUUCUUUAGAAUCACAGCCACUCACACUGUGUGGUUCACUCGGGUCUUUGGAUUGAGGUUUCUCUUUGACUUUUUAAGAAGAAGGAAAGUUUGUCGUUGUUUUCAUGCUCCGGCAGAGCAUCAGCGAAGAGAAGCAGCCUGGGGUCAGUGUUUACAACUUUUAAAAUCAGCUGAUUGUGGAUUUGAUCUGGAGCGUUGGGAGGAGCUGCAGCCAGAUGCAGACAGGUGAUGGAUGUCAGAGGGGAUCAAGGCCGAGGUUUCGGAAGAAAACGUCCUCCUUCCCUCUUCCCUCUCCUGACGGCUGGUCCCUCAGAGGGAAGAAGAGGAAGCAGGCCAGCAGAGAUGCAGACUCCCUCAGCCUCUGCAGUCUGGACAUCAAUGAGCCGAGCACAAAGCGCAGUAAGCUUGUAUCAAGGGUGACGUCUCUCGCCAACCUGCUGCCGCCCGUGAAGACUGUACCACUGAAGAGGAUUGGUCAGACACUGCAGCGCUCCAUUAGUUUUCGUAAUGAGACCCAGACGGAGAGAACCCCGGCUAAUCCUCCUCCCUCCUCCUCGUCUGUAUUAAAGACGCGCACUUUCCCAGUCACGGUCUCCAGCUCCUGCUCCUCCAUGACUGCAACACGGGUUUCCACAGUGACGGCUCCAUCCUCCAAACGCCGGGACAGCAAGCUCUGGAGCGAGACAUUCGACGUCCAUCUGGGAGCGACGCAACCUCUGAGCUCGAAGGAGAUCAAACGACAGGAGGCCAUAUUUGAGCUAGCUCAGGGUGAGCAAGACCUGGUGGAGGAUCUUAAAUUGGCGAAGAAGGCUUACCAUGACCCAAUGCUGAAGCUGUCAAUCAUGACAGAGCAGGAACUGAACCAGAUCUUUGGCACUCUGGACUCUCUGAUACCGCUGCAUGAAGACCUCCUGAGUCGCCUUCAAGACGCCAGAAAACCUGACGGCUCCACAGAACACUGACACAUCCUGACCGACUGCUGCCCUGCCAUCUCCUCCUACACUCCGUACUGCAGUAACCAGGGGAAGGCCAAGGCCCUGUUGGACCAGAAAAAAGCAGGACCGCCGGGUCCAGACGUCUUGCAGCGCUUGUCUCCGUCCCCUUUCAGCAGGAAGCUGGACCUGUGGAACUUUCUGGACAUCCCUCGCAGCCGACUGGUGAAGUACCCACUGCUGCUCAGGGAGAUACUGAAGCACACACCCAACGACCACCCGGACCGACAGCUCCUGGACGAAGCGAUGCUGGUGGUUCAGAGCGUGGUGGCGGACAUCAACAGGCGGACGGGGGAGUCAGAGUGUCAGUACUACAAGGAACAGGUUGUUGUACUCAAGUAUGCUCACAGGGACGAACUCAUCGACCGAUCCAGGACGCUCAGCUGCCGCGGAGAGCUGAAGAACAACAGAGGACUCAAGCUCCACGUGUUUCUGUUUCAGGACGUCUUGGUCAUUACCAGGUCGCUCUCUCUGAACGAUCAUCCCGUCAGCUACAGCUCUGCCGACAAGCCGAUCCCCAUCCGGCAGCUGGACCUGGAGGACCUAUCAGAUGGAGAGAUGAGAGUGGGCGGGUCCAUCAGAGGAGCGUUCAGCAACAAUGAGCGGACUAAGAACUUUUUCCGGGUUUCGUUCCGAUCAGGCGGUCAGCUGCAGAGUCAUUGCUUCCAGGCCAGCGACGCCUUCAACAAACAACAAUGGAUCAACUGCAUCAGACAAGCCAAAGAAGCUGCAGCGCUGACGGGAGAGCAGCCGACACAGACCGAACAGUGUGUGGAGGCAGGGCCGGGCGGACAGAUAGGGCCGCUGGGGGAGACGGAGCUGAGACUCUGCAGAGGUUCAGAGCUAGAGCGUCAGAAGGGAAACUGGGGGGAGGUGGAGUCAGGGCUGGGUUUACAAGGAGAGGAUGGUGUGAGCGGAGAGAAAGAUCUGAGUUUGGGUGAAGGGAUGGAGGUGAGUUUGAGUCCAGACACAGAGACAGAGGAGGCAGAGUUGGGUGUAGAGAUGGAGACAGUGCAGGUAGUCAAAGGAGAGACAGCUGCAGAGCAAGAAGCUGGGGAAAACCUGAAGGUGGAUGAAGGAAGAACAGUGGAGGAAGGAGAGGUUCUUAGCUGCGGUGGCAGUGAUAAUCCCUUCUCUCUCCCCGUCCCCGCCCUCCCCCUCCAAGAGGAGCAGAAGCGUGCUGAGGAGGAGGAGGAGGAGGAGGAGUUUGGCAUGGAAACGGGCGAGGUUGACUCCCUGCAGAGCGAGGAGGAGCUGAGCUUCAGGUGCUGAUGUUUGCACCAAUCAAACAAUAAUGACACACUGAGGGACCGCCACUGCAGCCAAUCGAAUCAAAGACUAGAUGAUGAUGUCAUCGACGGGUAGAGUUAAAGGAUAUCAGUGAUCAGGAAAAAGUGUAGAAGAAAACUAACUGAUGUUUGUGCAUAAAGAUAAAGAUGGACAACAUGUGUCCACCUCCUUCCUUUGGACAAAAGCAAAGCCAAAUACAUUGGAGUGGCACUUGUGACAUAAUUUUUCAGGCCACAGUCUGUGAAUUGAAGCUAACCAGGACACACAUUUAACAUAAGAUUGAACUGCAAAGAUCCCUCAGGCCCAACACUCAUGGUUCUAGAAAGUUCAAUGACUCGUGUUGACAAAGCUGUCAAUCAUAAUGCCACAUCCCCUCUUUAAGAAUUAAAUGAAAAUAUUAAAACCAAACUGUUUCGCAAAAUAAGCAUAGGCGUAAGUCAGUAUGAUAAGAACUAACUGUAGUGACAAAACCAUGAUUGAGAAACAUUUAUUUCACGUGUAGUUUGAUUUAAAAGUUGAACCCAUGUCCCAUCUGUUAACAUGGAGAGGCAGGGUUUUUGGUCCACACUGCAACCAGCCAGUAGGGGGAGCUCCAAACGCUUUGGUUCCAUUUAUGUGGAGCUGACUUGUCGUCCAUCUUUUAUGCUCUUCGUGGUUCCCGGAACACUGUUACUGCUGUUCUAGAAUGCUUCAAAGCAAGCAUUCUAGAACAUGCUUUAUUAAUAGAAUUUGAUGCUGUUUUCAAAGACGUUAUAAGGUAUUCAUAUGCGUACAAAACAAGAACAUCAAUUCUGAUUUACAUGCUUCCCUCUGAAUGAUCAUUUUGACAAAACAGCAGCUUCCAACCAUAGACUGUAAAUUAAAAUGGACAGCGUUGCUCCGCCUGUUCCCGUUGUACGUCCUGAAGCCAAAAAAUCCUGCUUCAGGGCGCCGCCAUUGU